AUGUCUAGCGGGUGUCAAACGUUCCUUUUGUCUGAUUAUCCACGCAAUGCUUGUGUGCGGUUAUGUCAAUUAGGGCUAAUCAGUGCUCCUGAUCGUCGCAGGAAAGGUAUAAAAGCGAGAGCCGCCACAGAGAGGACAUCACUUUGCAGAGUUCUGUCUUACGACGCACACACGAUCUUCUUAAAUAUGGCUCAAACCAUUCUCAGCCUAUUAAUAUUUUCGCUGUUCUCAGCGCAGCAGGCAUCAAUGGCUUUUUAUAUAAAAAACACGGCGGAUAUUGCAAAAGCCCGCACGGAUGACUGGAGCGUUUUCCAGAGCACACUUGGAUUAUCACAGCAGAAAUUGGACCUUUUAAAAUCACAAAAGGAUCAGCAUGCCACAAAGGAGCUACUAAAUCGGUUUAUAUCGGAAAAUCCUAAAUAUGCUGCUGUACAAAAGCAUCAAAAAAGUGAUAGAUUUCUCAAAUUUUAUCGCCUAUUGGUGGCCAACCUAAAAGGAUCGAAGAGUAUGCUGAAAACUUCUUUGAAUUUUGAACUGGCGGAUAGGCCUUUAAAGCCAUUGAAGCGAGCUCGUCGUAAAAUUGCUGUAAAAAUGGUAUCUGAUAUGCCAUCUGAACGAGUUGAUGAUUUGAUCAAGAUGUUCUAUCAGAAACACGGCAUACGAUCCGACUACGACAGUGAUGAUCACAAUGGUGACAGUGACUAUAACGAAUCCGAUAUGCCGCAGGAAAUGCCCACAGGCUCAAAUGGCGAGUCAGACUAUGCCUAUGACAAUCUCUACGAUGAUGAGGGCGAUGUAGGACUCACAGCCAAGUCACGACAGAAUUCGGAAUAUGGAUCCUUCCAGGACCUGAUAAUGCAAGCCAAACGAAAUGAAUGGGAACGCAAGAGUGAGGAAACCAAAUUGCAUAGCUCCAGCGAUGACGAUUAUAUUUAAAUUAAGCAAAAAACUGUCCACUCAGCUGGUUGUGCAAUAGACUGGUGUUCCAAUGCUGGCAUUGAACCCAUUUUUUUUAGUUUUAGACGAAUGUUAUAUGCAACUAUAUUGAUAUAAGCCUUUAUAGCAAACAUACUUAUUACCUUUAUAUAAGAUAAUUAAAGAUUUAUUAUAACAACUAAA